AUGUCUCGCGAACAAAAUAAAAAUUCCUCGGCUUCAUCUUUGUGGAGGCAUGAAGCUUACGAACGACAUCGUUUAAAAGUGAACUAUUCAAUAAUUGUUAAUACUCUGUUGUUCGUUUGACAAACGAUAAUUACCGCUAAAUUUACCUUUUAUUAUUUUUAGGUAAAGAAGGCUACGCGAGCGAUCGACGUCGAUCCUCCACAAACAAGACCUCACGUAGUUUUCAACGCAAAGGGGUUGCAAUUGGAACGUGAGAAACAGGAUCGUAUCGCGAGAGAGAAUUUUAUACUUUUGAAGAAACUCCGCGACAUCAUGCAACGGAAACGACCCAUCGAAAAGAGUUACAGAUUGAAAUGGGACGAAACGAGGUGCAUCAGAACUCGUUGA